AUGGGCAUGGCAGGAAAUUUUGCUGCACCCCAUAUUUUCCUCCCAACACAUUCUUCUUCAAUUACUCUGCGAAAACAGUACAAUCCCAUCAGCAGUUCGCAAAAUUUCUUCAAAUUUUCUUCUUGCCGUAAAUUCAAGAAUCCCAUUAGUGUAAUUAAUAGAGUUAAUGCCUCUACUGCUUCCGUGUCAACUGAAAAAAAGGAGGAGUUGUUACCAUUGGACGUGAGUGAGAUAAAUGAAAAGUGCAAAAAAUGGGUGUGGAAAGGUAACACCAUUAACUAUUUUGUUUACCCAGAAGGCAAUAAUGAUUCUUCGAAUCCGCCUCUUCUGCUAAUUCACGGUUUUGGUGCCUCCGUUGCUCAUUGGCGCAGGAAUAUUCCAACUCUGGCUCAAAGUUAUACAGUUUACGCCAUUGACCUCCUUGGUUUUGGUGCUUCAGAUAAGCCAGCAGGCUUUGCAUAUUCCAUGGAAGUAUGGGCUGAGAUGAUAUUGGAUUUCUUAGACGAAAUUGUUCAAAGGCCAGCGAUACUAAUGGGGAACUCUGUUGGAAGUCUUGCUUGCGUAAUUGCUGCUGCAGAGUCUACUAGGACCCUAGUUCGAGGGUUAGUACUGUUAAACUGUGCCGGCGGCAUGAACAACAAGGCGAUUGUUGAUGACUGGAGGAUAAAGCUACUCUUGCCUUUGCUUUGGUUUUUCGACUUCUUAUUGAAGCAAAAAGUGAUUGCAUCAUAUUUGUUUGAUCGCGUUAGACAAAGAGACAGUCUGAGGAACAUCUUGUCGUCCAUCUACGGCAAUAAGGAUAAUGUCGAUGAGGAUCUUGUGGACAUUAUUAAGAAACCAGCAGAAGAUGAAGGGGCUCUUGAUGCUUUUGUUUCCAUUGUAACCGGCCCACCCGGGCCAAAUCCAGUGCAGUUAAUUCCGAAAAUCAACUUACCCGUCCUCGUGUUAUGGGGUGAUGAAGAUCCAUUUACACCGAUUGAUGGACCUGUUGGUAAAUACUUCUCGUCGUUACCUUCUCGUCUGCCAAAUGUAAACCUCUUUUUGUUGGAAGGCGUUGGACAUUGCCCUCAUGAUGACAGGCCCGACUUAGUACACGAAAAGUUGCUUCCUUGGCUGGCCAAUCUCCCCGCUUCUUGA